CUUGAAACUAAUAUCAACCGCUCAUGGGGGAUUCUUUUUUAACCCUCUUAUCUUUACUUAUUAAGCUUGUUCAUCUCGAAGAAAAGCCAACAACCCAACAAUGAUUUGCUCAACAGCUUCCUCUCUCCCCAUUUAUUUUGAUGAAAGAACCUCUAUUACCUCCACUAAAAUCUUGAAAACUUCUUCUUUUUCUUCUUCUUCACCUUGUUAUUUACCGUUGAAUUGCAGUGUGUUACACAAGUCUUUUGUACCUUUGGCUGCUUCAGUUACUAUUCUUCUGUCUCCAAUUCCAGCCAAAGCUGGAUUGUUAUCAGGAUUCCCCGGAAUCGAAUCAAUCCCUGGUCCUCAAUUACCUGAAAUUGAGUUCCUAAAUCGCUUCAAUGAAGAAAACCAGAAGAAGUACGCUGAAGCUGAUGCAAGAUUCAAGUCAUCUCCCUUGCUGAAGCAGCUGUUAGAGCGGUCAAAGCAGAACAAAGAAAAGAACAAGCAAGAAAUUCAAGACAAGUACUGCAUGCGCGGGGCGGAGUGGGGAGUAGGGGAUUGUUCAGUGGAGGCAAUGUCGCCGGAAGACAAAGAAAACUUCAUUGCAAUGUUGAAGGAAAAGGCUGGAAUCAAAUGAAAUGGUCAUUUCAAUUUGCUUGGAUAUAGAUCAAAGAAGAAUGGGAAGCAAAGCCAACAUGCAAUAACAAAAUGUAAUAGCAAUGGCAAUAUAUAGCCCUUUUUUGGUUUAAACAUCCCCAUUCUUCAAAUCAUCAAAAUCCAUACAAAACAAUGGCAGGAUGAAAGAUGGGAAAUCAUCCUUAAAUCGAAAAUUGUAUGCUUUUUAAUAUUUUUUUUGUAGAUAAAGUUUACCUUCAAGACUAACCAUUAAAAGAAAAAAGGAUAUUUAAUUUCUA